AUGACCAUCCUCCAUAUCUCUGCCUUCCUUGACUAUGUAGCAGAAAUACUAUCGAACCGCUUGAAUGACAUCUUGAUUAAGGCUAUAGUUAAUAGACUACCAUCGUGUCCAUUUCGGGAUCCUCUGAGAUGAAGUCUGGAUAAAUUUGAAGAUGAAAGGAACUGGUGGACGCCAGCACUACACGUCCGUAGUAUGCAUUCUCAUCAUUCCCUGCAAUAGUACAUACCAAGAGAUAUCCCCGGACUGGAAACCAGAAGGUUCAAGCCACUGUAGAACCCGUCAGCUAUGUUCAAAUGAAUAUGUACAUAUAAAUUUGUAGACUUUU